AAAAGAAGUUCAAAGUUCACAUUAAAGUUACCCUCGUGUGGUGCUGUUACGCUAAAAGAGUAAGAGUAAAAUCGGAGCUCACGCAUCAGACAGCCGCUUGUAACACCCUUUUUUCGGAGGAGAGGGUUCACUGAAUAAGUUGUGAUGGCCUCCUACACCUGCAUCAGCUGCCGAGUGGCUUUUGCAGAUGGCGAGGUGCAGCGAGCACACUACAAAACCGACUGGCACCGCUACAACCUGAAGCGCAAGGUGGCCGACAUGCCACCAGUCACCGCUGAAAAUUUCCAAGAACGAGUCCUUGCCCAGCGGGCAGCCGCCGAACAGCAGCUGAACGACACGACGGCCGGCGAGGGCUGUGCCAUCUGCAACAAGAAGUUCUCCACCGUCAACGCCUACCAGAACCACCUGCAGUCCCACAAACACCAGCAGGCCGAGAAGCAGGCUCUGCUCGCUGCACAGAGGAAAGUGGAAAAGAUGAACGAGAAGAACCUGGAGAAAGGUCUUGGCGAUGAGAAGGUGGAUCACGACGCCAGGAACGAGGCCCUGCAGCAGGCCCUGAAAGAGCAGCAGAGGCCGAGCCCGGCCAAGCAAGGGACAUCACAAGAAGCGAAAAGGCAGACGGUGGAGAAAAUGGAGAAACCUCCCAGGAUGAUGUGGUUGGAGGAACAAGCUAAGAGGCGAGAGAAAGAAGACGGAGCCACAGCUGUGGAAGAAGAGUGGGAGGACAUUGACGAGGAUGAAGAUGAUGACGAUGAGAUGGAGGAUGAAGAGGAAGAGGAGACAAUGGAUCAAGAGGAAGGGGACUCGGUGGGUGCGUCUGACCCCCAGCCCGCCGCUCUGCCCGGCUCCAUCCCUGUCACCAACUGCCUGUUCUGCUCCCAUCACUCCAAGUCGCUCAUGAAGAACGUUGCCCACAUGACCAAAGCCCACAGUUUCUUCAUCCCCGAUGUGGAGUUCCUCGUCGACCUGAAGGGCCUCAUCCGCUACCUCGGAGAGAAGGUUGGUGCUGGAAAUGUGUGUUUAUGGUGUAAUGAGAAGGGCCGUUCGUUCUACUCGACAGAAGCAGUACAGAGUCACAUGACAGACAAAAGCCACUGUAAACUCUUCACAGACGGCGACACUGCCCUGGAGUUUGCAGACUUCUACGACUUCAGGAGCAGCUACCCAGACAGAAAGGAGGGAGAGGAUGCUGAAAUGGAAGAAGAAGAGCUGCCGGAUGACAAGAACCUGGAGUACGAUGACGAAACGCUGGAGCUGACUCUUCCUUCAGGUGCUAAGAUCGGCCACCGCUCGCUCAUGAGAUACUACAAACAGCGGUUCGGAGCUCAGAGGGCGGUGGUACUGAGCCACAAUAAGAACGCUGUUGGCAGAGUCCUCCGGCAGUACAAAGCUCUGGGCUGGGGAGGAGAUGGAGGCAACGGCUCCUUAUAUCAGAAACAGAAAGACAUGCAGUAUGUACAGAUGAUGAAGUCAAGAUGGAUGCUGAAGAUGGGCAUGAGCCACAACGCCACCAAGCAGAAGCACUUCAGAGCCCAAGUGAUGUUCUAAGCCGGGACUGGAGGCAUGCCGACAGACAUGGUGCGAUAUGUGACGCGGACUGGUGGACUUUAACAUUUAAAAUCUUUGCUAUUUUCCCACCAACAGGACUUGGACUAUUGAAGCAGGUACAGCUGCAAAUGAGUGGCGGCUCCUUGCACAGUGGCAGAAAGAAAAAUCAAACAUGUUGAUAUACAGUAGUGCUGUAUUUUCCUUGAAGGAAAUGCAGCCAUGUUGAUUUGUGGUUUGUAAACUGCUGCAAAAACCUUGAUGGAGAGAACAUUUGCACCACCUUCUUGGAAUUCUCACAUGAUGAGCAGUUUGAUUACAUUUUCCAAAUUUUAGCCAUCCUUGUGAUGCAGCAUCUCUGUGUGGAAACUGCAGGUCACCUGUGACUCUGCUUGAAAACCGCUUUGGGAUAUGAAUCCAGGUGGAGGCUGUGUCCUCCCAACAACCACUAGGUGGAGAUUAAAGGCAUGAUCACAUUUCUAAAUUAAUUUAAAACUGUAUGGAUUGGGUAAAAGCUGCAGUUGAUCACUAUCAAGGAGGUGAUUUUACCAUUUUGGACUCUUCAGUCACAUAACAUUUUUAACUUAUUAGUUAACAUCUGUAUAAUUCAGUGUGCCUGUAACACAUCCAACCGAAUAAAUGUUUCAUAUUUAUUGGCUA